GGACAGCGAUGAAGAGUGGGGUGUGGGCAUGGGGCCCGGGCGGAGCCAGCCCACCUGGGAGACUUUGAGGUGCAAGCAGCGCCCCCCCUGGCACGUCCCCCCACAGCUACAGCAGCCCACGCCGCCCCCAUCCUUCCCCCUGCCUGACACCCCCAAACAGAGCCCCCCCGGCCUGGAGCGGCCGCAGGGUGUGGCGGGGGGGCAGGGGGGUGGCCCAACCACUCAGGAGCAGCCCGGGGGCAUCUUGGGAAGCCCAAAAACUGAUGCACCCAUCACCAAGGUGACAGCCCCACCCACCGGGGAUGCAGGGGCUCCCCCCCAUUCUGGGCCUGCUGUCACCGUGGAAACCGGAGAGCAGGAGACGAGCGGCUCUAAAGCUGGAGGCUCUCCCCAGAGCCCCAAAGAGCUGGAGGAGGAGAGAGGGAGUGGUGAUUCCCCUGGACACGCCCACACCCUGCGAGACACGCCCCCUUUUGCCCCAGCCACCUCCCCCUGCUGUCUGCCCUUGCCCCCCGAAGAGUCACGCCUCCUCUCUGCACCCCCAAGACCAGAUCCUGGGGUGCUUCCACCCGGGGGCGGGACCGCUUGUGUAGCCAUGGAGAUGGGAGUGGGCGGAGAAUGGGCGGGGCCUGGGGGCGUGGCACCUGUGCUGCCACCCUCUCCCCCCCCCCGAGGAGGGAGACACUGCAAGGGCGAAGCCUUGCUCCUCCAGCGACUCCUCAUCCUCUGACUCAGACUCUUCAUCCCGACCCUCAGCCUCCUCUUCCUCACGUGAUGAACCUCACUCUGGUCCCGCCAGCUGGAGGGGUGAUUUGGGGUCCCUGGGCAGCAGGGGACCCCAUGGUCCUCCUCGCAAGAGGAGAGGAGAGCAGGAGGAAGAGGACGGAGAAGUGAGCCACAGGAAGAAGCCGUGCCCUGAAGAUGUAGAUGAAGAUGAGAUGAAGAGACACCAACCCAUGGAGGUGACGCAGGCUGGGUCGGGCUCUGUGGUAGAGGCAGAGGCCUGCAGUGAGAGACGGGGCCCAGUAGAGGGCAGCAUGGGAAACUCUGCGGAGAGCCCCACAGCCACGACCUGCAGUGCUCCCCAGAUCUCCCUGCCCACAGUCACAAAGCCAGCCUCAGAGUGUGGGCCGGUUGCUGUGGGGACGUUGGGCCCUCCAGCGCCCCCUGCAGGGACUUUGGAGGAGGCGGUGUCUCCAGUUCCCGCCAGCCGGAAGAGAAGGUGGGACUCCAGCACCACAGCUGCUGCCAAGCAACAGCAGCCAUCUGGUGGCUUCAGCUCCCUGAAGUCUCUGAUCCCAGACGUUCCGCCUGCGGUGGACUCCAGCAGCCAGCAGGAGGCGGUGGUGGAGCUGCAUCCAGAGGAGGGGCGUCUCUCUGGGGACGAAGAGGAGGAGGAGCAGGGCACAGCUGGAGGGCUUCACGUCCAGCGCGCUGUCACACAGAUGGCUUCUGCAGGGAAGCAGGAGAAUGGACAGAAGGAGGGACUGGAAGAGGAAGAUGAGGAGGAUGAAGCAGGAGGAGGAGGGGACAGGCAGAGGCCACUGAAGGAGGAGAGGAAGGACUGCUCGCUUGUUGCCAUGGAAACGCAGGCGCCGCCCACCCCUGAGGCACCCUCAAAGAAAGCUCCCCCUAGUGGUACCCGGGUGCGCCACUCCAGUCAGCAGAAAUCGGGUGUGUCCCUCACCGCUGAGGACCCUGUCUGCUCCGCCCAGAAACCGCCACCCCCCCACAGUAAAGGCACCAACAUCAUCCACAUCUGCAACCUGGUGCGUCCCUUCACUCUGGGCCAGCUGAAGGAGCUGCUGAACGAGACCGGAGCCGUAGUGGAGGAGGGAUUCUGGAUCGACAAAAUCAAGUCCCACUGUUACGUCACUUACCCCAGUGUGGAGGAGGCCGUCGCUGCUCGGACUGCGCUGCAGGGGCUGAAGUGGCCCCAGACUAACCCCAGAUUCCUCAGGGUGGACUUCUGUCAGCAGGAUGAGCUGGACCGCCACAGGGCGCAGUUGGAUGGUGUGGGGGCGGUGCAGAGGGAGGGGGGCGGGGUGGGGGAGUGGGACCAGCAGGCGCAGCGUCAGAGAGAGCGGGAGCGCAGAGAGCGAGCGAGGGGCGAGCGAGAGUGGGACCGGGACAAGGUGGCAGAUUUCAGCAGACCAGGGGAAGACCAGCGCUCCCCGGCACACCCCCCCGAGAGGAGAGACCAGCCCAGGACGGAAAACCCCCCGGGGAAGUUGCUGGAUGACCUGUUCUGUAAGACCAAGGCCCCCCCCUGCAUAUACUGGCUCCCCCUCACCGAGCAGCAGGCGCUGCAGAGAAAGGCGGAGCGUGCGGAGAGGAUGAAGGAGAGAGAGAAGAGGAGGAAGGAGCUGCAGCAGGAGGAGGACAGGAAGCGGGAGGAACGCAGGGCGGGGCGGAGCAAAGAAGCAGGGGGCGUUGCCGAAGGGGGAGGGGCCUCUCAGCCUGUCACAGGAGAGAGGGAGAAAGAGAGCGAGAAGGUAAGGGAGAAUGAGAAGGUUAGGGAUAAAGAGAAUGAGACUGAGAAAGUAAGGGGAAAAGAGGACAGGGAGAGAGAGGAGAAAGACAAGGAAAGAGGGAAAGAGAUGGGGAGAGGGGAAAAAGAGAAGGAAAGAGAGAGGGGGAGGGGGAGCUCCGCCCAUCUGGUGAUGUCAGCCCGUCGCCAGGUAACCAGGGUGGAGUUUAGUGGGUGA